AUGAGCUCUAUCAACGGUGCCUCAAAGGGUGCACCAUUUGAGUUCUCAGCAAAGAACCUGCCGAAAAAGCUCUUUAUCAAUAACAGUUACAUUGCGGCAAAUGGUGCCCAGACUCUAUCUGUUUACAAUCCCAAAGACAACUCGUUGGUCGCAGAUGAUGUACCUCUCGCUGGACAGCCCGACGUCGACGCUGCAGUUGAAGCUGCAGAGAAGGCCUUCCCUCGAUGGAGGAAAUUCUCCGCCACAGCUCGCAGAGAUAUCAUGCUCAAAUUUGCAUCGUUGAUCGAGGAGCAUUCGGGGGCACUGUCGGAACUUACCAGAAUCACCCUGGGUGCUCCCUAUGAUACCUUUGGUAAAUUUGAAGUUGGACUUGCGGCCGAAGCUUUCAAAUACAAUGCAGGAUGGAUCGACAAAUUCGUGGGGGAAGCAGUGCCGCAAGAUGGGGGGUUCAUGCAAAUUACUCGCAAUGAGCCUCUAGGAGUGACGGCCGGGAUCGUACCCUGGAAUGGCCCUCUAGGGACUGUGGGCCUUAAGGCCGCUCCGGCUCUGGCCACUGGAAACUGCUUUAUUCUGAAGCCAUCCGAGAAGACACCAUUUGCGGCUCUCGCUCUAGGACCUUUGAUCCAGGCGGCUGGAUUUCCUCCAGGUGUGUUUCAGAUAUUGUCUGGAGAUGGCAGUACCGGUGCUCUAAUUGCCAGCCAUAUGCGGAUUCGGAAGGUUAGCUUUACUGGCUCGAUACCAACCGGUAAGAAGAUUCAGGAAAUGGCGGCUAGAUCGAAUCUUAAACGAGUUACUCUGGAACUUGGUGGGAAGUCCCCAGCGGUAUUCUUCGACGACUGCAACCUUGAUAAUGCGGUUUCAUGGGCUGUUGAUGCACUGGCUACAAAUACUGGACAGGUUUGCUUUGCGGCUACUCGAGUUUACGUCCAAGAUGGGAUCUACAAGGAGUUUGUGGAAAGAUACAAGGCCGCUCUCGAGGAGCGUGCUAAAUUCAUUGGCGAUCCAGAGAACGAAAACACCUUGGUCGGUCCAUUGGUCGACGAGGCACAAUUCCAAAGGGUUACUGGAUUCAUCGAACGCGGGUUGUCACAGGGAAAGCUACUCACUGGUGGCAACCGUGUAGGAGACAAAGGAUUCUACAUCCAGCCAACAGUGUUUGAAGGUGUUACAUCGGACAAGGAAAUCUUCCAGCAAGAGAUUUUUGGGCCGGUUGCUGUUCUCAAUAGGUUCAAGACUGAAGAGGAAGUCAUUGAGCAAGCUAACAGCACCGAAUACGGCUUGAUGGCGGGCGUUUUCACUCAAGAUAUCAACAAGGCGUUCCGCGUCGCCAGUGCUUUUGAUUCAGGCAUGGUGGGGAUCAACUGUGUCAGCUUGACCUUCUUGACUACCCCCUUUGGUGGAAGCAAACAGAGCGGUCUGGGACGUGAGUGUGGAAGGGCUGCCUUGGUCGCCUUCACCGAGCCCAAAACUAUCAUGAUCAACAUGACGUACUAG